CCGAAAGUGCAUUCGUGAUAACCCGUGAGUCUUAGCAACGAGAAGAAAAAAAACGCUUACAAUGGCCUUCAAGUUUAUCAUCCUGGCCGCCGCCAUGGUUGCGUGCGUCAGUGCCGCCGGUGCUGCCACCUACUCGAUCGCUGCCCCCAGCGCGGACUACCACUCGGUCGGAGCCAGCCACGAGCACACCGUCAAGGGACUGUACGGCCAGAAUGUCCUCUCCCAGUACUCCAAGGCCGUCGAUUCGGCUCACUCGUCCGUCCGGGUGCACAACUCCCGCCUGACCAACGAUGGCAUUGCAUAUGCUGCUCCAGCCAUCCGUUAUGCCGCUCCAGCCAUUGCCGCUCCCGCUGUCCACUACGCCGGUCACUACCCAGCCGCUUCGGUCGUUAAGGCCGCCUAUCCCGCCUACGGACAUGCCGCUUACCCAGCCGCCUAUGGACAUGCCGCCUACGGACAUGCCGCCUACGGUCAUGCCGCCUACCCAGCCGCCUACGGACACGCCGCCUACCCAGCCGCCUACGGACACGCCGCCUACCCAGCUGCCUACGGACACGGUUACGCUCACUCCCUGGCCGCCCCAGCCAUCGCCGCCUACAAGGCUCCGAUCGCCACUGCCCACCCCGGAGCCGUCGUCCAGUUCGCCGGCCUUGGCGCCCAAUACGCUUGGUAAUCGAUUUCAACCACCGACAACCGACAGCGAAUCAACCGACCGGACCAACGCCUCCACCUGGCAAUGCACACAGUCAAGGAAACCGCACACGAGAGCAAUAUCUUUUGUACAUAGUAUAUAAAGCUAGGAUUUUUUUAUUUCUAGGUUAAGCACGGAAUAACCGCAAAGGACUGAGAUUUUUUUUAAAACUCCUCUUAGCGCGUAGGGAACAAUCUUUCUUUUCUGCCACUAGACUUUCACAGGAAAGCUCCUUUAAUGCGCACAAACUCCACUCGGAAAAGGAAAAUAGCAGC